UCCCCUAAGUGAAAGAAGAUGGGGUCUGGCUGCCUAAAAGUCACCAAGUACUUCCUCUUCCUCUUCAAUCUCCUGUUCCUUAUCCUGGGUGCUGUGAUCCUGGGUUUUGGAAUAUGGAUUCUGGCCGACAAAACCAGUUUCAUUACAGUUCUACAGAUGUCAUCUCCCUCCCUGAAGACUGGUGCAUACAUCCUCAUUGGUGUUGGGGCUCUCACCAUGGUGAUGGGAUUCCUGGGCUGUCUUGGAGCAGUCAAUGAAAUCCGAUGUCUCUUGGGUCUGUACUUCACCUGCCUGAUGGUAAUCCUCAUAACUCAGGUUGCUGCUGGACUGGUUAUCUACUUCCAGAAAGAAACACUGAAAGAAGAGUUGUCCCGCAUAGUUGGAAAUCUGAUUGAAAAUUACAGCUCUCCAAAUGAUGAUGAGAAGAACUUAGAAGAUGCUUGGGACUAUGUGCAAAAACAGAUCGCUUGCUGUGGCUGGAUUGGAGCAAAAGACUGGGAAAAAAAUGAGUUUAUUAUCAACCAAAGCAUGACUGUGUAUCCCUGCUCCUGCUCCAAUAGCUCUAAGGACUUUGAGGCAGAUAGUGGUUUCUGUAACCUGGAUGUCCCUCUCAACAGCACUGCAACGUAUGCUGACUGGCCUGUUCAUGAGCAGGGGUGCAUGGAUGGUGUAGAGAAGUGGUUGAAGGACAACCUUGGUGUCAUUCUUGGGGUCUGCACUGGUGUUGCUGUUAUAGAGCUGCUGGGGAUGAUACUGUCCAUCUCGCUCUGCAAGAACAUACACAGUGAAGACUACACCAAAGUGCCCAAGUCUUGAGUUGGCUGAUUCCAGAGCUACAGCACCACAGAGAAAGGAGCAAACGGAACAUUCCUGCCUCAUACCCAGACUGUCCAACCAUUGACCAUUAUUCCUGUGACAUCCCAUUUCUGAUACCACUCUGCUAAGAACUGUUAGAGCUGCAGUACAGCCUGAUCUUCUGGCAGUAGGGCCCUUGGACCACCUGCAUCCUGCUUCUGGAUUAUUUCUACUUCAAGAAGCAGAACUUAAUUGU